UCAAUCAACUCAUUCUCUAAUGCAGAAACGACCUUGAAGAUCGAGUAUAAUAAACUGGAAAAGCUCCAACAAGCACGAAGAUGAGGCAUAACAGCGCCAUCUUAGCUACGGUUCUUCUCUUGGCCGCAUUUGCCAUGCCCGCCGAUUCGUUUUUCGAGAAGACGAGGGUGAUGGUGCAGAAUGACUUGCAGGGAGGACAAGAAAUGAAGGUUCAUUGCAAGUCGAAAGACGACGACAUCGGGGUUCAUUUUCUGAAGCAGCACGGAAGCAUCUCUUGGAAGUUCCGGCCGAGCUUCUGGGGGAACACUCUCUUCUUCUGCUAUUUCAAUUGGGGAGAGGGAUUUAAGCAUAUUGACGUCUAUCAUCAGUAUAGGGACGAAGAUGAUUUUACGGGCUGCCACCAUUUCUGCCAUUGGCUCGUCAGGGCGACGGGGCCGUGUUUGAUCAUGAAAAAUGGGUUGAACUGUUAUAAUUGGCCGGAAAACAUGUUGCCGCAUGCUUUCGUUGGCGAACGUCUGUGACUGUCUGAGGUUAGGGCAACGUAGAAUAAGAGGAUUAGGGGAUUUGGGUUUGGUUCCAUAUUGUGGGCCUUUUGGGGAAUUGAUUAAUUAUCAUCAUAUUCUCGCUUGGUUAGUAUGCAAAAAUAAUUAGUUAUUUAGUAUGUUAGAAUAAAUAUGAUGAUAUUAU